UGGGAUACUUAAAUCAGCCUGAAUAAGCUUUCUAACACAAUGGGAAGUGUGAGGAAGCAGGAAUUCUUUACCUGUGCAGGGCACACAGGAGGAUCUCUCCUUGUUCUGUGUGUGGGGGGAGACUUUACAGCACGGGUUUUAUCCUCUAGAAACACACACAGCUAUUAAAACUUUUUUCUUAUCUCAUACAUAAACAUCACUUUCCUAGGACUCAUUUCCAUGUUUCCACCUCCUCCUGGGAAUCCUUUCAUGAUCCUGGAGGUUCAUCAGGAGGGGUCUCUGGUGCUCCUAUUCACUGAGUGCUGCCAUAUUAAAGGGAGCUGCUGAGGAGCUGCUUGGUCCAUCCCUGGAUUCUCCAAGCCCAUCCACUCUGACCACAGCCGGGGCCACAUCCCAGCGCCUGCCCAGCGUCCAUCCAUGGCGGUGAGCUCCGUGUCCCCACCUUCUGCCUCACCCACCGAAGGAGAUGAUCCAUGUGAGAUAGAUGUCACCAACGUGGCCAUACACAGUGUCAUGCCACUCAUUGGCCUCUGUGGGCUGGUUGGGAACGGGGCUGUUCUGUGGCUCCAGCACAUGAAACCCAUCACUGACUACAUCUUCAACCAGGCCUUUGAUGACUUUUUCUUCCUCCUCUUCAUGAUCCCUUCCACCCUGCUCUUCCUCGUGUCCUGCUCUCCUAUCAUACCCCGUGUGUACUCGAACUUCCUUUUCCAGCUGUCAAUGGUCUCCUACCACAUGGGGCUGUACCGGCUGAUGUCCAUCAACACCAAGAGGUGCAGGUCCACCCACUACCAACUCUGCUACCACUGCCACCUUCCGCAGUCCAUGUUGUGGGUGGUAAUGAGAGCCCUGCAGUGGGCCUUCUUCUACACUGUCAUCGCUGUCAAUCCCACAGUGACUUCCCUGUGCCAGUCAUACAAGCACGAGCACUGCUGGGGGGCUGUCAUCUCCAUGUACACCCUCAACCUCUUCCUCUUUGCUGCACCUGUGAUCAUUUCCAGCACAAUGCUCUUCAUUAAGGCCAAGUGUGGCUCCCAGCAGCAGCAACCAGAGUGGCUCGACAUCGUUGUCUUCCUCAUUGCGCUCUUCACUCUCCCACUCAGCAUCUGCAAUUUCCUGCAGCAGCUCAGUUACAUCACUGUGUCCUCCCAGGUUUUUUUCCUUCUCGCCUGCAUCCACAGCACCAUCAAACCCUUCAUCUACUUCUCGGUGGGGAGCUGCAGGAGGCGCUGCUGGAGUCCCCUCAGGGACUGCAUCCAGAGGGUCUUUGUGGAGCCAAAGGACAACACUCCCAGCAGAAAUGCUGCUGCCAUGGACACGGUGGUCUGAGCCUGUUGAUCCCUCCCACUGCUCUGCUGAAGGAUCCCAGGACAGUGGCUGAGGGUUUCUGUGAGUUCCCUAAGCUGGGAACUCUCCCGUUUGCUGCACUCAGAGGACCCUUGAACACCGAUGGAUCCUGGGCCCAUCCCCCCCACUCCUCAAGGCUCAACUCUUCCCCCCGGUGAGGACCUGCAAAGGCACCUGGAGUGAGCACUGCACUGCCUCCAAGGGGAAUUUUUCACAGGGACCUUGCACUGACUCUAUGUCUGUGUCCAUACACGUGUCAUAGCUCUGGUUUCAUUGGCAGGAUUUCAUUUGUAGGGCUGUUUUUCCUUGGUGUCUCUGUCUGGUCAGUGCUAGAGUGAACCUGGUCAAUGAACUCCAUCGUGCUGUCACUUAAUAUUAAAUGUGGCUUUUACUGA